CCAACUGGCCUGCUUCACCCAUCCCAUGUUUUCUAUGUCUCAGUCCGUUCACUGCCCGACGUUCAAGUUCGUAGGAACGUCACGUCCGCACUUGAACUUGCAGCUCAGGGGGGGCUUCACCGUAUACCCCAUCACUCACCCUCUCUCCCUCUUUGGAGGAAAAGUCAUGAAGAGCUCCACACAGCCCGUUGCGCGUUACGCAUCCCGCUCCGUCUGACCCGCAGAUCCGCUUCUGCUUUUUGUCCCUCUUCCUCCUUCAUCCAGAUGACAGACGCAUCAAAUGAAGAUUUUUUAUUUGGAGUGUACCUCUUAGGAUUGGAUUUCCCGAUGUGAACUCGGCUGAGAAGCCCUUUGCCGAACCAUGUCUCGUCGCAAGCAAGGCAAACCCUUGCACUUGAGCAAACGGGAGUUUUCGCCGGAGCCACCCUCAGGUGUUUUAGGCGAAGAAGACUCUCAGGACUCCUCCAGGCUGGGUGUGGCUCAGGACGAGCCCCUUAAAGGGGAUCCGGACCUGCUCACCUGCGGCCAGUGCCACACACGCUUCCCCCUCGCAGACAUCCUGCUAUUCAUCGAGCACAAACGGAGGCAAUGCCACGACAGCCUCUGCUCGGACAAGCCUCUGGACAGGCCUCCAUCCUCGCCGCUCGCCUCUCCCCUCUCCACCUCCUCGUCUCACUCCCGAAGCCAACAGCUGUACCCGCAGAAGGCGCGUCACCCGGUGGAGGUGGCUGUACAGGUGUCGCCUCUGGAUGAGGAUUGUUUAUCUGCACCAUUGCAAGGAAUAAUCCCCAAGCAGGAGAAUGUCACAGAUAAAGAUGAGCCAAGCAGUUACACCUGCACCACAUGUAAACAACCCUUCACCAGUGCCUGGUUCCUGCUCCAACAUGCCCAGAACACUCAUGGCUUCCGCAUCUAUCUGGAGAGUGAACCUGGCAGCCCUCUUACCCCACGUGUAGCUGCCGCUCCUGGGAUGGGGGGGGAUUGUGCCUCCUCCCAGCCACCGCUCCAUGCGGUUCACUUGGCUGAUGGGAGCCCUUACAGCCUUUUGAGGAUGCCGGGAUCAGGGUCUGGCCGGGAUUCAGCAUCCACACCACGUGAGGGCCGUUAUCCUCGAACCCCCCCAUUAUUUAGCCCACCGCCUCGCCACCAUCUCAGCCCAGAUGAUCUUGCCCUGGCAACCCAUCAUCCUAGCGCCUUCGACAGAGUGAUGAGGCUGAACUCAGUGCCAUUAGAACCCCCUCAGAGCAUGGACUUCUCGAGACGUCUGAGGGAGCUUGCUGGGAAUGCCACCAGUGGUUCUCCCCCUCUCUCCCCUAACAGACCUAACCCUAUGCAACGGCUGCUACAGCCAUUCCAGGCAGGUUCAAAGCCUCCAUUUACAGCCACACCUCCCCUCUCCACCUCCCACUCCCCAUCUGGGUCCCGCUCCACCCCUAAUCCUGUAUCAAAUGUAGUCCAGCCAGGUACUCCUCUCAAGACAAAGUCUUGUGAGUUCUGCGGGAAGACCUUCAAGUUCCAGAGUAACCUUAUUGUGCACCGGCGAAGUCACACAGGGGAAAAGCCAUUCAAGUGUCACCUCUGCAACCAUGCUUGCACACAGGCCAGCAAGCUGAAACGUCACAUGAAAACACACUGUCAGAAUAAGUCAUUGGCGCUUAAUGUCAAGUCAGAUGAUGGCCUAUCAACUGCCAGCUCACCUGAACCUGGUACUAGUGACAUACUGGGCAGUGCCACUGAUGCACUCAAGUCAGUGGUGGCUAAGUUCAAAAGUGAAAACAAUGGGAUUAUGCCUGAAAAUGAAGAGGAGGAGGAGGAGGAAGAGGAGGAAGAAGAGGAAGAUGAAGAGGAGGAAGAAGAAGAGGAGGAAGAGGAGGAGGAAGGGGAGGAGGAGGAAAUCGACAGUAAGCCCAGAGUUGAAGAAGAGGGAAGGAAAAACUAUCGCUUCAGUGUGCGACUGGAAGGGGCCCGCCACCACCAGAACAGUGAUGCUCUACAUCCACAUCGCAGAAGCUUGUCUCGAGAGCCCGUUGAGGAUGACUCAGCUGUUGAAUUAGACCGCACCGAUGAUGCAUCCACCACUAAUAUAAAUGGCCUUGGACGACUGUCCAGUGACAGCCUCUCUAGAAAGCUGCUGGGUGGGAGGAUCAGUCCUGACACACUCAGCCCUCUAUCCAAACGCAUCAAGAUAGAAAAGGAUAUAGACCCACCUACCCCUACCAUCCCAAACACAGAGAAUGUCUAUUCUCAGUGGUUAGCAGGCUAUGCUGCCUCCCGGCAACUCAAGGACCCCUUCAUCAACUUUACAGGUGGGGACUCCAGACAAUCACCCUUUACCUCCUCAUCUGAGCACUCAUCAGAAAAUGGCAGCUUGCGCUUUUCCACUCCCCCUGGUGAGCUCGAUGGGGAACGAGCCCCUUCAGGACGCAGCGGCACAGGCAGUGGGGCCAGCACUCCACACGGCGGCACCGGAAAUGGCCGACCGAGCUCCAAGGAUGGCCGCCGCAGUGACACCUGUGAAUUUUGUGGCAAGGUGUUCAAGAACUGCAGCAACCUGACGGUGCAUCGACGGAGCCACACUGGGGAGAGGCCAUACAAGUGCGAGCUGUGCAGUUAUGCAUGUGCCCAGAGCUCCAAACUCACCCGUCACAUGAAAACCCACGGACAGAUGGGCAAGGAUGUGUACAAAUGUGAAAUUUGCCACAUGCCUUUUAGUGUGUACAGCACUCUAGAGAAACACAUGAAGAAAUGGCACAGUGACCGCCCUCUGGCUAAUGACAUUAAAACUGAAUAGGCAAAAAGUCCUCUCUCAGCUCCCCCCUGGCUAAAAACCAACUCUGGCUAUGUAGCCACUAAGCAAAGGGGAAAAUACAACAGGGUUAGACAACAGAAUGCCGUGCAGCCCUGUUCUCCAGUCACUUUUGGAGAAAACUUGAUGCAUGAUCCAGUACUGGGGCAAUACUAUUGCAUCAGAACUUUUUGAGCCUUUCUAUUGUGCAAUAAUUUACACAUUUUUGUAUUUUUUGUAACUGGACAGCAUGCUUGGUGUGUUUUGGCUACUUAAGGUAAAAAUCUUCCUGGUUGGAGGAUUUGGUUGUACAUGUUUUGCUGUUGAUACUUAAAAAUUUUCUCAGCAUAAAAAAACCCUGUUCGAAAUAACCCAAGCUGCAUACAGUAUGUACUGUUUUACAUAUCAUGUACAGUUUUGUGUUCAAACAUAGCUGACAGUGUCAUAUUGUCAAAACAUCAAGACAAGCAGGGUCAAACAUUAAACUGAUCUUUCUGAAAGAUUUUCCAUGCAACAUUGAGACGAGAUAUAUAUCCAUAUCAAUAUACAUAUAUCUAUCUAUAGAUAUAUAUAUUGAUAUAUAUGAAUAAGAAUUGGGUCAUUUAUAAAAUGCUGGGCACUAGCGCCAAUAAAUAGUUCUUUUACAAACAUUGUGGCUACUAAAUGUAGUGUGACAUGACGACAAAGAGUGCCUUGGAUAUUUUACCUGCAUUAGAUAAUUCUCCUUUUUGCUAUGAGCUCAGAGUUUCAGCUAUAGAUAUUUACAGGACAUGGGGAAGAUGCAGGUCCUUGCAUCAAGCACCUGCACAACCUAGUUGCUUUUUUGGGGAGACUUUGCAGGACCAGCUGAAACAAACCUAAAAAAAAAAAAAAGAUUUGUGUUUUUCUGGUAAAUCUUUUAAUUGCCUGAUUAAUGCAUAUUAAUUUUUUCAUGAUUACAAUUCUGUUUACUGGCAUGCAACAUGCUUAGGAAGAGUUAGAGGUUUUUGGUUUUGGUGUAAGUGUUUGGUACAACUCAAAAAAGGUUCUCUGACAAGUUGUUUUAACCAACAUGAAGCUCUUAAAGUUUCCAGAAUUUUUUGUUUUUAAAAAAUUUAAAAGUGCAGGUAAUAUUUUGUAAGUAGCACUGAUUUAUAUUCCUUCUGUUUUAGCCAUUCUGGCUAUAAUUUCACCUCAAAUAAAAAAAAAAAGGGGGAUUUAGUUCUUGCAACUCAAGAUGACGGUUAAAAAGUAGAGAUGCACCAAUCAGGCUUUUCAUGGCCACUUCAGGUUUCUGUUCUUUUUUUGUCCUUUUUUUUAAGUCUGACCUGCCAAAUAUCAUUUAGAUAAAAAUAUUUUUUUUGUGUGUACAAACCACAGCCUAUAAAAGAGGAAAAAGGAUGUGCAGCCGAUUCUUUACUUUAGGAGUUUGUCUUGAAUCCAAAUGAAAAUGCAUCACAGCAAGCUGUUUUUCUUAGUGUAUAAAAUGGUAGGAGUCAUUAUGUUUGUAAUGGAUAGCGGGACAUUUUUAAAUUCUUUAGUGUUUUACCUGCCAAUCAAGGAAAAUUGGCCUAUUCUGUUCUCUGGCCAACUGAUUAGUGCAUCUUAAGGUUUGGGUUUGCAAGUGUGUAACAGGGAGCUUUGGUAACAGGAUGUGGAAGCAUGGGCAUGGAUGAUUGUUGGAGAUGCACCAAUCCAACUUUUCAGCUAGUGAUGAUUUCAUUUUUUUUUUGCUUCAUGUUUUUGACCUAUUCCAAAUUUUAUCUACGAAUAUCAAAACAAUAUGAGAAAAUCGAAGAGCUUGUUUUAAAUUGCAAAGAAAAUGAAACCAUCCCGAAUGAAUGCAUCAAAGCAUGAGUUCUUACACACAAAUUAAAUUUGAAAGACGCUGAAGGAAUCUGAAACAAUUUGCUUUGAAAAACAUCUAAAGCAAAUAAUACAAGUUUGACAAACGAAACAUGUGUACUUUCUAGUUUUUGUAACUAAAAAGUUCAAUUUCUUUCUUUUUUCUUAGACCUAAAUGUGGCUAUUCUUUUUGAUGAUUCUAAUCUCCUUCCCAUGUCAAUGAUGAUGAUGAUGAUGAUAUAGCACUUGUCACUCUGCCUUGGAUUCUGUAUCUGCCUCUCUAAUCGGAGGUACAGUUGGUUGAGUAUAAAACGAGGACCAGAUUCCAGAUCUGGAACCACCUACAUGCACUGUUCAAUUUUCCCAGUUUACAGUUGGGCGCUCAAGGGAAAACUCACUCUUAUGCUGACAGAUUAGCACGGCGUAUUUGCUUACUAUUAAAAGAAAAAGAAAAAAAAAGAAAAGAGACUUUGCUAGCCAUCUUCUGAGAGCUACAGGGGUUUUGCUCUUGGAGGUAUAAAUGCAGGAAUUGCCAUACAAACAAUAGACACAAUAAAGCUCAUAGUCGUAAAAUUAAAUUUUUUUUUUUAUCUGUUUUAAGUAAAACCUCAGCAUUUUUAGGGGGAACCUUAUUUAAAUUUUGUUUUUGAAUAAUUUUAUUUUAUUUUUUAUGUUUCUCUAAUCUGUCAUGGUAGCAUCCAGGACUGAUCACUAUGUAAUGAACUUUGUAAAAAACAAACAAAAAAAACAAAAACAUGUCUCUCAUCUUUUUGCCUUUACUAAUAGAUACAAGUCUUCAGGUUGAACAAAAAUUUGCAUUGAGGAGAGAUUUAUGAUAUAUAAAUAUAUAGAGAGAACCUAAAACACAUAGGAAAAUGCACACUCUUGUAAGUUCCUAUGUUCAAAACACAUCUAUGGUCUACUUUUUUCCUGUAUUUAGAAUGGUAUUUGAAAUUAAUGUUCACUUAGCGUAGGCACUUAUAGUAUUUAUGUUGGAGCCUGUAUUUUUAACUGUUUUGCCUGUACUCUUUAGAGGUUUCAAUGUACUCUUUUUUUUCUGUAGUAAAAUAAAAUCCCAACAAGCUGCCACCGUAUAUUUUCCUAAUUUGGCAGGAUAAUAUAGUGUGAAUAAUUUGUAUGCUUUGGUAAAAAAGUAUGUUUUUGAAAAAUAAAAGGCUGUGGUGUUCCCCGAAGGGUGAGAGGCCAUAUGAUGGCCUUUUCAGGCAGUCCCGCUGGGGUGACCACAAUGAGGUAAACACAGGUGGUUGUACAUAUCUUUUUUGUUGGUUUAUAUAUUUUUUGUUCUCUCCUGCCAUUUUAUAUGCAGUAAUACAAGCUAUUGUUGGGUUUUUCUUUGUAGCCAACUUUUUACUGUCUUUGAUCAUGUAUCACCUGAAAACAUUCCAGCUGUUAAAAAAAGACACAUUUUGUCAUAUGCAAUCAGUACAAUAUUUACCUGAAAAAGUUUUUUUUUUUUUUUUAUAUAGACAAAAUAAACCAUGGUGCUUUUUGAUUUGAAGAUGGUACGAUGGUACAACUCAUAUGCAAGGAGUAUAAUCACAAACAAAUGUGGGUACAUGCUGUCAUGCCGCUGGUAUUGAGGUACAUUUAAGAUUUAAUCCUGUGUUCUGAAUUUGCUUUCAAGCUGUUUGCUCUGAACUGAACUUGAAGUUGGCCCCUGGCAUAGGUCGACAUUAUUUAUUAUGACUACACACACACACACAGAGAGAGAGAGAGAGAGAGACCUGCUCUGUUCUGAACAGAUUCACUGCAAAAAUAAUUUCAGUUCUUCUCCCUCCUUGAUUAAUUAUGAUGGCCUAAUUUCUGUUUAAUGACCAAAGGUCAUUGACCAACGUUUAUGAGUUUUUCUCAACUUGCAAGUUUCUUGUUAUUGUUUUCAGUUUAUGGAAAUGCCACUCUAUUUUCAGCUGUUUUUCUUCACUCAGCCAUUUUGUCUUGAUAAUAAUAAAAUGUAUUAUAUACA